GUUUAACUCGCUGUCACUUCCCCGUUGGCAGAGUGUGGAAGGCAGCAGGACAGCUGGGGCACUGACUGAACACUGGACACUGACUGAACUCAGGAGCAAAAGGAUGCUUUACACGGAGUUACUGCGGUUGUGGCAUGAGUCAGUUCAGGCCGUGGAUGCCAAGGAUUGGCAAGGAGCUCUUUCCAAACUCGAGCAGAUCAGUGAACCAACAUCUCGCACUCUAUUCAACGCUGCCUCAGCUCACCUGGUUCUGGGACAGCUGGACCUGGCCCUGAAGGCUUUAGACCUCACCAUCUCCAAGGAUGAACGUCUUGCUGUUGGCUUCUUUCAGAGAGCAGCAGUGAUGAUGCAGAUUGACAAGUUGGAGGAGGCCCUGUCAGACUGUAUCUGGGCACAGAAGCAUAUGAGAGGAAACAUGGUCAUUGACUACAAACAGCUGGGACUGCGAUUCAAACUCUACAGCUGGCAGGUGUUAUAUAAUGCAGCAGCUGUGUACUGUCGGAUGGGCCAGUGGGAGCAGGCCAGCGAGGUCCUGCUGUCAGCCUCCCAGGAGAAAGGAGGAGGUCGAGGGGGAAACUUAGAGGUGGCUUUGGACAGCGUCAUGAAGAAGGAGGUCCUGGCUCCUCUCCUGGUGCCUGAGGAUGUGGUGUUUCGUCCCAGGAAACAGGACGUGGAGCAGCUGCAGCAAAGAGACUUCCUGGGCAAAGCAAAGGUGAUUUCCUCUGUGAUUCCCAACGAUGACUUUGGAGGCUUUGAACCUCUGAGGCUGCAGAAACCUGGUUUCUAUGAGCCCAAGGUGGAUGGAGCUCAGGAUUCUCGAUACAUGCGCAUGCGGAUCCCUUACAUGGCUCGAGGCCCGGGACAACUGACUGUGCCUGGAGGGGCCAUGGUGUUUUUAUUUGGCGAGGAGGACAGGGAUGGGAUGGCAAUGGUCAUUUAUGAUGGACAGAGAGGACUCCUACCAAUGUCCCUGCUUGAUCCCGCAGAUGUCAAGAUGCCCAAAGGCAAAAAAGAUAAGAGAGUUCCCAGUGGGAUCCCUCUCCCACCUGGACUCAAGCCCCCCACUCGCCCACAGGCCCAGCCCAGCCCUGCAGCACCUCCUCGAGUGCGUUUUGUCUCAGACACUCCACCUCCAUCCUACACCACCGCCACCCACGCACCGCUGCCAGCCUCAGAGCCUCCCAGGUACACAGCCAACGCAGCCAGCCAGCAGCAGGCUAAGGCUCAGGGAGCAGAGGCCAGCUCUGUGGUGCUGAAGGUCCACUACACAUACACCGUGGCUCUGUCUGUCCCGCUGGACACACCCUUCCAUGAAGUGAAGGAACGUAUCGCUCAGAAACUGGGCCAAGCAGCGCCUCAGCUGCGCCUCAGACAUAAGCAGCAUGGCUCCCGGGUGCUGAUACCUCUGGGGGAGGAGGUGGAGCCAGGCCGCACUUUGCAAGAGGUGGCCGAGGCUGGCAGAGCCACCCUGUGGUGCCAGACUGAAGACCCACUGGACAACCGUACCAUCCUCUACCAGAUGGUGGCGCUGUAUGACUACACAGCUCAGGGCCCAGAGGACCUGGAGUUCAGCGAAGGAGACACCAUUGACAUCCUGGGUGAAGUUAAUGAGGAGUGGCUGGAGGGACACAAUGCAGGAAACAUCGGCAUCUUCCCCAGCUGCUUUGCCUACAAGGAGAACACCAACAUCUGCCAGAGCCCCGUGCUAUAAAAGCAGAAGUGUAACUGUGUAGUCUCUAAUAACUAACUAGCUCACAGACUUACAAUAACCAAACAAGUAGACUUAAUACCUACUCUUUCAUGCUUUGGAAAUAUUUAUUUCUCAUAUGGUUUCACUCAGAGUAUGAUACUAAAGUCUCCUUUACCGUUUUUUUUAUAUCCUUUUGUGUCUGUAAUAUUGAUGUUGCAUCCUGUAAAAUUCAAAUUAUUUUUAUACUGAACUCAAUUUCACAUCAGUGUGGUUUCAGCAUUAUGCUCCUGUAGUAUUUCUUCAGGGUUAUAAGGAUCUUGGUUGGGAAACAUUUAAGUGUGUUAACGGGUGUUACAUUGUGUCAUUAGGACUUGUAUUGUAAUGUAUUUUGAAACAUUAUCUUAAUGAAGAUACAGAAUUUCUUUUGUACAUUUUAAUCCCUUAAUUACGGUCUUAGUGCUGACAAAUAAACUGGU